AUUAUUUAAGUAGCUCGUCGCCAGUCAGGUACUUCAGUUUCAACAGACUUUUAGCGGUAACGACGUUCAAACAAUGACGUCAACGGAAAAAGGUUUUGCGACGAUAGCUAUCCAUGCCGGGCAAGAUUCUGAUCAAUGGAAUCAUGGCUCGGUUAUACCACCUUUGGUAAUGUCUACUACUUUUAGUUUACAGGAUAGUCCAACGCCGCCCAGAAAAUAUAUAUAUGGCAGAAGCGGUAAUCCUACGCGCAAUGUUUUGGAGACAUGUCUGGCUGCUUUAGAGAAUGGCAAACAUGCCUUUUGUUUUUCUUCUGGAUUAGGUGCCCUUACUGCAAUUACAGGUUUAUUGGAGGCAGGAAAUCAUUUGAUUGUUGGACACGAGCUUUACGGUGGUAGCACUAGUAAUAUCAAGAAAUGUACUAGCAAACAAGGCAUGCAACAUACCUUCGUUGAUAUGACUGAUGUAAAAAACGUCAUAGAUGCCAUACAGCCAAAUACAAAGAUGGUAUGGCUAGAGACACCGACGAAUCCUACGUUGAAACUAACAAAUAUAAAGGCUGUUGCCGAAAGUUUGAAGUCUCGUCCAGACAUUAUACUAGUCGUUGAUAAUACAUUUUUGACAUGUUACUUUCAAAAACCUCUUGACCUUGGUGCCGACAUAGUGAUGUAUUCCUUGACAAAGUACAUGAAUGGCCAUUCGGAUGUAAUUAUGGGUGCCGCUAUAACGCGCCGAGACGAUCUCGCACAGAAACUGCGAUUCAACCAAACUGUCAUGGGAAUUGUUCCAUCGCCAUUUGAUUGUGCCUUAGUCAAUCGUGGUUUGAAAACGCUCGAACUAAGAAUGCAGAAACACAUGAAAAAUGCCUUAGCCGUAGCCAAGUUUCUCGAUUCUCAUUGUAAUGUCGAGAAAAUAAUUCAUCCACUUUUCUCGUCGCAUCCGCAACAUCAGCUCGCGCUUACGCAACAAACAGGGCAUAGUGGAAUGGUUUGUUUCUACCUGAAAGGCGAUCCUAAGCGUUUUUUGCAAGCAUUGAAACUGUUCAUUUUUUCUGGAUCUUUAGGCGGUUGCGAAUCGCAAGCUGAAUCCCCAUCCUUAUUGUCGCACGAGUCUGUGCCAGUAGAUGUGCGAACAAAAUUAGGUAUAACUGAUCAAUUGAUUCGAUUAUCUGUUGGUCUUGAAAGUGAAGAUGAUCUCAUAGCCGAUCUCAAACAAGCAUUAGAUAAUUGUUAAUGAAUGAAUGAAUGUAAUUUGAUAACCGGAAAAAUAAUUCAA